AUGCACAAACAACUAGAAUUCUUACGGCCUGAUGAACUGCCUUCCAUUUCUUCGUCUACGGAUCCUAUAGACACCAAUUGCACCCUGAGCCAACCCCCGAUCAGUGCCAAGAUUGAUGAAAGUCUUCCAAGACGUGCUAAGUCACUUGAUAUCGGCAAGAAGCACGUCUCAGGGAGAGAUGAAGACUCAAGUCACAACUUUGCCGCAUGGAGAGGUGGAUCAAUUUCCUCUGUUCAAGCGAACAUUAAGCGAGGAAAAUGGGUCAAAUCUGCCCCUGGAGAUGUUCUAGGUCAACAACCACCAAGGCGGAGUAGUCUAAUUGUACCACCGGGCGAAAGCAAUGUCCUACUUCAUAACGGAGUAGAGUUAAAGUCUCAACUUCAGGAGACCGUGGAUACACAGCAAAAUGAACUCUCACCCGAACGCGCCAAGAAACGAGGAACGUCUCAUCUCGAUGGCACUGGAUCAAAGAUGCGCAAGGUGGUAAAUGAAACAGACAAACAUCCUAUCGAGAGAUCUACAAGCAUCAAGAGAUUACUCAAAGUGACUAAAGGCUCGGAUGGGCCGGCUAUGCCGCAACUAUCGCUUUCUGGGGGCGUAGAAAAUGACGAUAAGGACAACGAGGAAGAAACAUAUGAACGAAAAGGCGCAUUCUGGCUAAAAAGGGAUAGGGGACCUGAUGAAUUCCGGUUUCCCAAAUCUCACGGUCAUCCAGAGCCAUUAUGGCGUGCAGGUGAUGGAUUCUCGGUCGACGAAGCCAGGCCAGAUUUCACAUUCCUCAUGACCGGUCAGCAUAAGCAAAGAAAACCUAGACCUACUUCAAGCAUAGGAGAACUCCAAAUAGAACCCCGGAAUGAAAAUGAAGAGGACUUGCGCAGAUCGGGAGUUAGUCGCCGCAAGAAACAACGUUUAUCCCAUUCGGAGGUGAAGUAUCGCCGUGGUGCAGUGAAAGAUGUAUGGCCUACUAUAGAAAACUUCUCAGAAGAACUAGAAGUACGAAAACGGAAUCCUGAUGUACCACCAAAUGAGAAGAUUAUACCUUCGACUAUACAACCACAGCCAACUCCAGUACCCCGAGCUAAGGACACUUUCGAAUACAAACCACCCCCCAUGACGCGAAAAAGAAGAGCUUCCGAUUUCGAGAACUUCGGGAGACGCCUCGGAAACGGCGACACGAUGAGCAAUAAGUCUAUCGCGGAGAACCAGAUUGACCCAGCCCAUCAUGACAUGCAGUCUGAGCCAGAGGGCGAUGGAACUUCUAGCGAUGAAGCAGUAGAGGAGGAAUUUGAAGUAGAAGAAGAUGAGGAAGAUUAUGAGAACGAACUACCAACAAGUGAUUGUGGGGAAAUUGACGGAAAUGGUGAACAUGACUUGAGCGAUGAAGAAGACGCUUCCAGCUCUGCUUCAACCGAAGUAUCUAGCACUGGAAGUUCAGCUAUUUCUGCUUUAGAUGACAAGGGUCAUGAGCCACGAGAACUGGGACAAUAUUUUGACGAUUUUUCAGCUGCUGGAGAUAUUUCUAGAGAAUUCCUCGAGUUCAGCCAAGCUUUCUCUUGA